GACAAAAACCUCUUCACAUCUCUCGCUCUUCUUCCUCCUCCUCAACCCCCGUUUCAUCUGGUUCCUCCACAGCGUAGCAAGGUAAGCUAGUAGAUCCGAGAGGCGGCAGCGAUGUCGGACGUGACGGCGGUGAUGGGUCUGCGGGGGGAGGAGCCGCAGCUAGUGCUUCCUCGAGGGUUCCGGUUCCACCCCACCGACGAGGAGGUGGUCACGUACUACCUCACCCCCAAGAUCAGCAACUCCUACUCCUCCGUUCUCGUUGUCCCCGACGUUAACAUCAACAACACCGAGCCAUGGGAUCUCCCGAGCCUGGCGAAGAUGGGGGAGAAGGAGUGGUUCUUCUUCGUGCACAAGGAUCGGAAGUACCCGACGGGGACGCGUACCAACCGGGCGACUAGGAGCGGCUACUGGAAGGCGACGGGUAAGGACAAGGAGAUCUAUCGCGGCAAGGGCCGGGGCGCCGUCCUCAUCGGCAUGAAGAAGACGCUCGUCUUCUACCUUGGCCGCGCCCCCAGCGGCGAGAAGACGUCGUGGGUGAUGCACGAAUACCGCCUCGAGGGCCAGCUGCCCCAUCGCCUACCCCGCUCCGCCAAGGACGAUUGGGCUGUUUGCCGGCUGUUCAACAAAGACUCGGCGGCCAACAAUGCGCCCCAGAUGGCGCCGGCGGCCGAUGGGGGCAUGGAGGAGGAGGACCCGUUCGCCUUCCUCGAUGAGAUAUUCAACAGUGAUGACUUGCUCAACAACGCCGACCUGCCGAUCCUCAUGGACUCCCCGUCAGGCGCCGUAGACUUUGCCGGCGCCCCGGCGCCGCAACAGUAGAGCCCAAACUACAUGUGGAAGAUGUGAUGACUGAUGAAUCCAUCCAUAUCUAUCACCCGGACUAGAGCGUCUUAAUUUGUUGGUAGCUAUAUAUAGAUGGUUAUUUGGAUGGUGCUACCUUUUCUAUUGAUCAGUUGUUUCAUUAACUUUUGAUAUCAAACUAUAUGUACUUUUUACUACUUACAAUUGCUUAACAAA